GUCCAGCCAAUGGUGUGUCUCUACGCUAGCAGGCUAGCAGCGUUAGCUUGUGCGGAAAGGACUGUGGUGUUUUGCUGGGACGUUUGUGAGGUUUUUGGACAGAAAGGACGAUACGUGGUUCGUUUGGGAACUCUCAGCAUUUUCCAAAGUGUCGUAAAUGAGUGAAGAAGUGUUGAACGGAAAGACAACGUGGAUUGCUGUGAUUGUGAGACUAGUAGAUGAUCGAUCGGAGCUGCAGUGAAGAGGACGGCGGUGUUUGUGGGAGUUGGAGCUGAAGAUCGGAGCAGGAACCAUGUCUUCAGAACCUCAGGAAGGUUCUGUCAGAGAACAUCUUACUGCUGCUGAAGGAACCAUCGUCCAGUACGAGGAGGAGCUCUGUCGUCAGCGCAGACUGCUGGAUGUCGCCUGGAAACCACAGCUUCAGCUUCACGAUAUACACCUUCCUCUAUAUUAUCAAAAAAGAGAUGAAGAUGUCCGGAACCAGGAGAGGAGCUCCUGUGUUGAGCAGCAGGAGAAUCCAGAACCUCCACAGAUUAAAGAGGAGCCGGAGGAACCAGAACCUGAACUGGUUAAAGAGGAGCAGGACGAGCUCUGCAUCCGUCGGGAGGAAGAGCAGCUUGAUCUGAAGCAGGACGCCGAUGCCUCGAUGGAGAUUCCCGCUCAUGAGGAACACGACCACAGUGAAGCACAUCUAAAAAACGAUCAGAGGAAAGAGAGAAGUCGUGUCCAAAGCGUGGGCCGCUCUCGCAUGUCAGAAAGUCGGGACUCUGGCGUUGGGAGCAAAUCUAGAAGACCUGCUCUUCUAGUUGAGGGACUCAAACUAACCCAAAUAAAGGGAGGUAAACAGUCCACGGUGAGUUCUAGUAUUACGGUCACACAGACCGUUAGCGAACAGACGCCUUUUUUAUGUAAAGAAUGCAACAAAAGCUUUGAAAACAAAAGUCUUUUCACAAUGCACCUAGAGUCUCACACAGGCAGGAAACCGCUGUCCUGUAAGGAGUGCAACAAGAGUUACCGAGACACUUGUUCUCUCCGAGUCCACAUGAGAACGCACACAGGAGAGAGGCCCUUCUCCUGCAAACACUGCGGCAAGACCUUCACGAUGAAAGGGAAUCUGAAGAUCCACAUCCGAACCCACACCGGAGAGAAGCCCUUCGAAUGCGGCGAAUGCGGUAAAUGUUUUCGCCACCGGUCUCACCUGCGCACCCACUCCAGGACUCACACAGGAGAGAAGCCCUUCACGUGCGUAGUCUGCCAAAAACAUUUCCGCCAGAGCUCCAACCUCAGGAUCCACAUGUGGACGCACUCGGAUCGCAGACCUUUUCCCUGUAACCGGUGCGAAAGGAGCUUCUACCAGAAAUCUCACCUCAGAGAUCACAUGAAAAGUCACAGCGAAGAAUGCGUGCAGUAGUUGCAGAUCAAACGAGUUGACUCUGACUGAGGGUGUUACUGGGCCGUGUAAGGAAUACUUCAAGAAUAUCCCUCAAUCCUGAUGAAACUGAAACGCCUUCUGUUGAUGAAGACGAGGCAGAGAACUCUAGGAGCUGAAGGAAGUGGCCAUGGGGAGAGAAGUCUGGGAAUCUGUGCUUAUGGAUGAGUGGAAGAUAGGUGGAUGUUUUGAAAUAUCCACAGUUGAUCAAAGUCUCAGCUUUACUGAACAAUGUUUCAAAUGCAUUCAUCUGUAUCUUUUAGUGAGUGAUGAACUUAAAAGACCUGAUGGUCAUUUGAUUGUUGCUUUUCUUUAAUACAAAUAUUUGUACCCAAUCUUGUUCUGCUAAGUGUUUGUCAUUAAAAACUGAUAACAUUUCACCAAAGAAAAGUCAUUUUUCAAACUACAAAGACUCACACACUGCUAUUCUGUGUAACUGCAUUUGCAGCUUUUAGAAUCUACUUUGUUUCUGUUUUCAUCUUUUUAACCCUUGUGCUAUCUUGAGGGGUCAGAAUGACCCCACCCUUAGAUUGACGUGUUCUCCC